ACUCGCUGCUAGUGGCUACUGCAACCCAAACGUGAGGCCCUCAUUUUCUCUCUCUCUCUCUCUCUCUCAAUUUAGUCUGCGCCUCUGUUGCCGUAUGAACAGCCUUCUUUUCUCUGUUUAAUUUCCAGUAUAUGAUGAGUAUUCUAGCAAGCCACCCUUGUAAUUGGUCUCCAGGAGUUAGAGAGCAGGUUAUUAAGGGAAGAUUUAUUAAGGUUCCAUGUUUUGGAUAUUCAAUUCUAGAUUUUCCUUCCAAAGAAUUGGUUCCUUUUCAAGUUCAACACGUUUUAAGUGGUUGUAAUCGAAGUGCUAGGAAAUAUCAUCCAAUUUUUUGCAGUACACUUGAUGAUGGGGGGACCCCAGAUGACUCUGAAGAUAGUAUUGAUAAGGAUAAAAAUUGUGAAGGAGAAACUGGAAAAGCGAACAGUGAAACGUAUAGAGAAAAUCUUGAAAGAAUUGUUGGUACGGAUGACUCUGCAUUUAGUGGGAUAGACCUGGCAACUCUUAUAAGGAACAGAUAUGGGAGGUCCUAUGAUGUUCAAUUGAUAAAAAAGGAAUUUAUGGGGAGAAAUCUUCUUGCUUUGAAUGUCAUGUGGAAGUACAUGGAGCAGAGAUCCUUUCCACUGACUGAGGAAGAGUAUCUACUGAGGCUUGACGAUGUGGCAAAUACAUUGAAAUGCUGGGGAGCUGUUUCACAUAUACGGAAUAGCCUACAGAAGAUGAAAGAAAGGCCUCGGAUAGGGAAGGCAGUCAGCAUUUUCAUAGACAUGGACGAGUCUGGAGGCCGUGCAAAUGAAUGGAUUUACAAGUAGAUAGUUCAGACAUGCUAGAAUUUCUCACAAGUUGGUUAAUAUGUGACAGCUUAUAAAGGAGGAGGAACCUGUGGUUGCAGCAACAACUCUUGCCCCCAUUUACCCAAACUGGUUGGGUUUAUUCCGGGAAAAGUCCUAAUAGCUGAUUAACGGUGUUCUAAUAGCUGCAAUAUAAGGACAUUGAAGCCAUGUUGCCUCGUAAAUUCUCUAUGUUCUUUUUUGGCCUUUUACAAACCUUCUAUAAUGGCAUGCACGAGCUAACAAAAUUUCUGUGAAAUAUUCAUUUGACAAAGCGUCGUGUAAAGAAUUGAUCUGUUUCGAUUCUUAAUACUCUCUGUAAUCUAAUACAGGAUGAUAUUCAUGUUCAUAUACUACUUUCCUUUCCUUUUUUUCAAUUAUAUAUAUACAAGGAUGUAGUUUUCUUUA